AUGUCGCGAACAGCAAGCCGCCGCCCCGGGCCGCCCCCCAGGCAAGUGGCCGCGGCGUCCCCUCUCCUCCUGGUGCUGCUGCUGAUUACCUGCAGCCCGGACGCCUGCCAAGGUGCUCCAAUAUUACCUCUAGGAUUACAGCCAGAACAAGAACUACAGCUAUGGAAUGAGAUAGAUGAUACUUGUUCAUCUUUCCUGUUUACUGAGUCUUGGCCUCAGGCACCCAAAGCAUUGGAGGAGCUUUGCUUUAUGAUUAUGGGGAUUCUACCAAAGCCUCAGGAACCAGAUAAAAAAGAUAAUACCAAAAGGUUCUUAUUUCAUUAUUCAAAGACACAGAAGUUGGGCAAUUCAAAUGUUGUGUCAUCUGUCCUGCAUCCGUUGCUGCAGCUCAUUCCUCAACUGCAUGAGAGAAGAACGAAGAGAUUCCAGGUAGACGAAGAAUUUCAAGGUCCUGUAGCAAGUCGAAGUCGGGGGUUCUUUCUAUUCAGGCCACGCAAUGGGAGAAGGUCAGCAGGUUUCAGUUAAAAUGGAUGCUGACUAAUUUUCCACAGAAGCAAUGCUAUGGAAUAAAAAUUAUACUGACAUUUUGUUUUCUUCUAAAAAACAAUCCUUGCUAAGUUUACCAUGUCUGAGAACCUCUGUGUUGUAAACAUUCUCAUAAAAGUUGGUUAAGAUUAUAAACGUUUAAUUCCUUGAAAAUAAAAAAGCAUCUUAUAAUAUU